AUCAUAAUAUGAUAAAAGUAUAAAUAUAUAAGGAGAAGAAGUUUGCAUAAUUAUGGAAAUAACAUACAUAUGUAUCAAUUAAAUUACAAUUUAAUAUUUAUGUACGUUUUUAUAUCGUACAACAGCGUAAUAAAACAUGAGUACAUCAUGCUUCAAUUGGAAAACAUUAGCAACGAUAUGCAUAAGUAUCUUUCACAAACAUAUAUAUUUCAUCGUAAACGUUUUGAAAACUUAUAUCGCGUAGUCUUAAGUUUUUUUUAGUUAAGAUAUUAAUAUUCCGCUGACUUUUUGUUAUUCAAUCCGAGGAAUAUACGCGUAUCUUUAAUCAGAGCAUUGGUUUACAACGGCUACAUGAGCUCUUUCAACCAUUGUUCUUUCAAGAAGUGAUAACGAGUGCUGGAUACAACGACGCAGUUGUAGAGAAAUCUACGAAAACGUGGAAGAUAUUUUUAACACGAGCCAUUGGAGUCCAUUCGAAUAUCAUCUGCGUAUAUGAAUCGCGAUUCAUUUAUCAUCGUUACAAUAAAAAAACGAAGUAAACGUAAUAUGAGCUCGUUGUCCAUUCGACCCUCAGUCGUUUAAAUGCUCACGAAGCUUUUGCGAAGCGUCUCGUAAGUGAAUCCAAAUUUUUUCACAUGUAUAUUAUGUGUAUUUUGUAUUUACAUUACAGACAAGAAAAUCGUCUAACGAAAUUGUAAAAAAAACCGAAAUGUCACAUUGAACAUAUAAUUUCAUAGGAAUCGAUAUGAGCAAUGACAGUUUACAUCACAGGUGUCAUAAAUAGUACAUAAAUAAACUGUCACUAAUCGUCAUCAUGUCGUUUGUAUUAUUGUCUUCAGCAAAAAUAUGCGCUCAAGGGAUAAACAAACAGCUGUUAGCGCAAAAAGGGUCGAUCUUUAAACGACUGGUGCGAAAUUUAGAGAUACAUGAACAUAUGGCGUAUACUUUAUUAAAAGAAGCUGGAAUUCCUACUCCGCCUUUCGGGGUGGCUAAGACACCUCUCGAAGCCACCGAGCUGGCUAAGAAUCUGAAUACUAAGGAUCUCGUAGUGAAAGCGCAGAUUUUGGCCGGCGGUAGAGCAAUGGGACAUUUCAAGGACAGCGAUAUCAGCGGCGUUAUAAUGUGCGAAACACCGGAGCAAGUGAAGGAAUUUGCGAGCAAUAUGCUAGGCAAGAUGCUGAUAACUAAACAAACUGGUGUGGCUGGAAAGAUAUGUAAUUCCGUGAUGGUGACAGCACGCAUGUUUCCUCGGAAAGAAUAUUACAUGGCGGUGAUGCUAGAACGGGCUUUUGAUGGGCCUGUAAUGAUCAUUUCCAAACGAGGCGGCGUGAACAUCGAGGAGAUUGCAACCGCUCAUCCUGAAGCCGUGGCGUAUAUACCAAUUGACAUAAAGAAAGGCUUGACAUCCGCGCAAGCAAACUGCGUCGCCGAGAAGCUCGGACUUACGGGGAAUAGCAAAGAGAUUGCGUCGAUUGUCGCCUGCAAUCUGUAUGAAUUGUUCGUCGAGAAGGACGCUCUGCUCCUCGAGGUCAAUCCCUUCGCGGAGGAUAUUUGCGGUCAAUAUUACGCUCUGGAUUGCAAAUGUAAGUUCGACGAUAGCGCUGAAUUCCGACAGAAAGAAUUGUUUACGUUGAAAGAUACAACUCAAAUGGACCCGAAGGAGGUCGAAGCGGAGAAGUACAAUUUAAAUUAUAUAGCUCUGGACGGAAAUAUCGGCUGUAUGGUAAACGGAGCCGGUUUAGCUAUGGCCACCAUGGACAUCAUAAAGCUCUACGGUGGUAUGCCAGCAAAUUUCUUGGAUGUCGGUGGCACUGCUACAAUCGAAACCGUGAAGGAGGGAUUCAAAAUACUGUCUUCAGAUCCACAUGUCGAAGCUAUUUUAGUAAACAUUUUUGGUGGCAUAAUGAGAUGCGACAUAAUCGCUCAAGGGAUCAUCGACGCUUUUAAAGAAUUGAAGUUGAAGAUACCUGUAGUUGUGCGAUUACAGGGUACUAAUGUUGACAAAGCUAAAAAAUUGAUAUUAGAUGCUAAGUUAGAAGUAAUUUCUGUGGAUGACUUUGCUCAAGCAGCCGAGACAUCGGUCAAGUUAGCAUUGAUGAUGAAUUUGGCAAAGUCUUUGGAUUUGGAUAUUACAUUCAGUGCUAAAUUAUCGGAAAAAACAAAGAUCUGUGAAAAACGCAAGAAAAAUUUAUUUUACCGACACCAGAGUAAUUUAAAAUUUCGAAAAUUGGAGAAUCUAUCGAGUGAAGAAGUAAAGAUGGCUACCAUGUUGUCGCGGACGAUCUUGCUCACGGAGAGUUUCUGCCGAUUGAACGGUCCUAAGAUAUUAGCAUGCAAGACUAACUUGGCGAAACAACCAGUCAGGAAUUUAAAUGUACACGAACAUAUCAGCUACAGUCUGCUCAAUGAAGCCGGCGUACCUACUCCGAAAUUUGGCGUUGCCAAAAGCGCUGACGAGGCAGCUAAACUGGCCUCCGAUCUGAAGACAAAAGAUAUCGUCUUGAAGGCUCAAGUUCUUGCUGGCGGUAGAGGAAAGGGACACUUCAAAGGAACGAAUGUCAGUGGCGUGAAGAUGUGUGAAACUCCAGAAGAAGCUAAGUCAUUGGCGGGUCAGAUGCUGGGUAAACUAUUGAUCACGAAACAAACUGGUGAAGCCGGUAGGAUAUGUAAUGCCGUGAUGGUCACGCAACGUAUGUUUCCUCGUAAAGAAUAUUACCUUGCUGUCAUGAUGGAAAGAGCCUUUGGUGGUCCCGUCAUAAUAGCUUCCAGCCAAGGUGGAGUAAAUAUCGAGGAAGUUGCUGCUACGAAUCCUAGCGCCAUCAUGUACGAACCUAUCGACAUCAACAAAGGAAUUACAAAGGAGCAGGCAGAACGUAUAGUGACCAAGCUCGGUCUCGAUAACGUGAAGGAUUACAUUUGCAAUAUAAUUAUAAAUCUUUAUGCAAUGUUCCUCAAGAAGGAUGCUCUUCUUCUGGAAGUGAAUCCUCUCGCCGAAGACAUUAAUGGGAACUAUUUUGCACUGGAUUGCAAGUGCCGGUUCGAUGAUAAUGCCGAGUUCAGGCAAAAAGAACUGUUUAGUCUCAGGGAUUGGUCUCAGGAAGAUCCCAAGGAAGUCGCGGCUGCGAAAUUCGAUUUGAAUUACAUCGCCCUUGACGGCAAUAUAGGCUGCAUGGUGAACGGAGCUGGGUUAGCCAUGGCUACGAUGGACAUCAUAAAGUUACAUGGUGGUGAACCGGCUAAUUUCCUCGACGUUGGUGGUGGUGCGUCGGCUUCUGCGGUGAAAGAGGCAUUCAAAAUCAUCACUUCUGAUUCACGAGUUCAUGCUCUUUUAGUUAAUAUUUUUGGCGGCAUCAUGAGAUGCGACGUCAUAGCAGAAGGAAUUAUCGCUGCAACUAAGGAAUUAGAUUUAAAAAUUCCUGUCGUCGUAAGAUUGCAGGGUACCAACGUGGAUGAAGCCAAAGCUCUGAUCGCUAAUGCGGGUUUAAAAAUCGUACCAAUCGACGAUCUGGACGAAGCAGCACGAGUCGCAGUGAAACUAUCGACUAUUGUUAAAUUAGCGCAAUCUGAAAAUCUCAGUGUAAAUUUCGAGAUACCGGCAAUUUCAUAGAUAGUGAAAUAAAAUAUAAUUGAUGCAUUGUUAUUGACGAGAAUAUACUCAAUAUUGUUAAAAUAUUUCAUUAAAAAAAUCGUCUGAAAGUAAUAACUAAAGUAAUAACUUCAUAUGUAUAAUUUAUGUAUUCUCGUUACGGAGUAACAUUUCAAACACAAUUCUCUCUUUGAUUUUUUGCGUAUGUCGUAGAGUGAAAAAUAGGAUAUAUAGCCUUGGAUAUAAGUCUAUUUUACGAACGCGUCGCAAUCGGUGGUUAUAUUGGUAUGGAUUAUUAUAUAUAUGCGAUAUAUAUAUGUAUAUAAUAAUCCAUUUUCCUUUUAAGACAGAUACAAACAUCUAUGAUACUAUAAAACUAUGCGGAAGAUUAUUCAAAGACAUAAUUUAUAUCGUUUGCCUUUUAACAAGGCUCUGUGAUUCAGUAUUAAGAUAUUAAAUUAUCUAAUUUGUAAUAUCUAUCUUCCUUUUCGACUGCGCACAGACGUGUGUUUUACAGGGUGUUUAAAGGUGUUUAAAAUAACGAGGUCUUACACAUGCAUCUAUUUUUUUUAAGGCGAAAUCUCAACAAAUAUCCUCAUGUCGAAAACAAAGGGCUUUGUUUAAUGUAACAUAUGCACAUGUAUCGGUAUAUAUAUGUAUACAUAAAUUAUUUUGCAUAAU